ACUAACCGUGCGCGUUGCAUGCUGGUACUCGGCGGGUGCGCGGGUGCCAUGGCGAGCGAUUUCUAUCUACGCUAUUACGUUGGACACAAGGGCAAGUUUGGCCACGAGUUCCUUGAAUUCGAGUUCCGGCCGGACGGUGAGACUCAGACGGUAAACUGAGAUAUGCAAACAACAGUAAUUAUAAAAAUGAUGUCAUGAUCAGAAAAGAAGCCUAUGUACACAAAAGUGUGAUGGAAGAACUAAAGAGGAUAAUUGAUGACAGUGAAAUUACAAAAGAAGAUGAUGCAUUAUGGCCACCUCCUGACAGAGUUGGUCGGCAGGAGCUUGAAAUUGUAAUUGGUGAUGAACACAUCUCUUUUACGACAUCAAAAAUUGGUUCUCUUAUUGAUGUGAAUCAGUCCAAGGAUCCAGAAGGUCUAAGAGUCUUUUAUUACCUUGUCCAGGACCUCAAGUGUCUAGUCUUUAGUCUCAUUGGAUUGCACUUCAAGAUUAAGCCCAUUUAAAUUGUUUAUUAUGUAAAAUUUUCUUGGGUGGUGUCACUUUCAUUCCUUAUUUCAUUUAUGUAUGUCAAUUUUUUACAGAGUGCAUUUAAUAAAUACUAAAAACCUG